GGGACUCUCUCUUGAGGACACUGCACUGUUAUUCUGUUUUGUUUACAAUGAAAUCACUGUUUUUAUUAAGUUAAUGCGAGCUGCUUCCUCACCAUAAAAACAUGACUUCAGCUGAGCUUCAGGGGUGAAGCAGAAGAACUGUGAGCAGAGACUGUGAGACGUGCGGUCCUGCUUUGGGUUUUAAGUGCAUCAUCUCCUUCCCGGGAACAAACGUGGUUCCGCAGUACUGUAGCCUUUCUUAUGAUGAAUGUACAAAUGAUUGAUUCGUUACGUUGUGUGAUUUCUUUUUUUCUUUUUUCCCCUCAAACAGACGUUUUUAAUGCACAUAGUGUAUGCUCUGAAAAAGUUUUAGCAAAAUUCGCUGUUGUUCCAUGUCAAAAGGCAGCAUUCCAUAUACAUAGCAAACAUGUUGUAAUGACAGUGGAAAAGUCUGUUUUAAUUCUUUGUUUAAAAAAGAAAAAAAAAAAAGGAUUUUUAUGUGGAACAAAGAAUCAAACUGUGUCAGGGUUUUGUUUUUUGAGGGGGAUAGCAGGUGGAUUUGCUGACCGUAAACUUUUGAUUCCUCUUUUCUGAGACAUCUUGUAUAAACCACAUGCUGGCUCCAGUUGUGCAAUAUUUGCAUGUCUGUUAAGGAGCAGGAAUGGCGAAGUGAAACUAUACAGGCCCCUCGCACACUUUAAAAGGUGAGACGUGUGUCGUAGGGCAUCAAGAAGACGGCACAUUUGAAGACAGCAGAGGAGAGAAGGUAACGUGCCUUCAUGAUAUUUCAGCAUAUAUCACGUCAUUCUUACUUUUGAACUGUUCAUUUCAUUUGCUCGCAUUGAUGUUAACCUUGAUAGUUGAAUGAAUUGAAUAUCUUAACCUCCUGAUUGAUUUUUGUGUUCUUACUUCCUCCAUGAUGCAGUCACUGUCUGGUUCACUUACCAACAUAAACAGGUAUAAACAGGUUCUUUGUGUCAUAUUCUACGUGUGAUUAUUUGAACAAAAAUUGAAUUGACAAAAUCCACAAUAAACAAAGUAAAAGACUUAUUGGAAAAUGCCGACUCGUCGAAAUAUGUGCCUGCUGUGGCUUCUGCUACUUCUCCAUGUCUGUGAAGGGGCAUUCAGAGUUGACCUGUUCAAGAGCACAGCCCAGCCACGGGAGGGUGACGUGAGGCUGGUUGGUUCCAAAAGUCCUGCGGUGGGCCGUGUGGAGGUCUACCAUGACAGCAAAUGGGGGACAGUGUGCGACGAUGGCUGGGACAUGGCUGAGGCCCAGGUGGUGUGUCGUCAGCUCCACUUCCCUGGAGCAAAGUCUUUUGACAUCGGCCAGGACUAUGGACAAGUCACUGGGCCCAUUUGGCUGGAUGAUAUUCAGUGUAAUGGCAACGAGAAACAUCUGUUCAAUUGUGGGUUCAAAGGCUGGGGAGUAACCGACUGCACCCACAAAGAGGAUGUUGGAGUUACUUGUGAAACCGAGGACACGAGUUUGGGAGAUCGUAGACACUUGCUGGACCACACUUUCAGUCUCUCUGACGACCUUGGUAAAACAUUUGACGACCAACGUGGCUGCAACUUUCUGAUCGUAGCCAAGAGUGCCUCUGGAAACAAAAUGCAGAAUGGGACUCUGGAGAUGUUGGAAACGCAGAUCUGCGCCCACAAAAUAAUGCUCUCACAGUUCCCACUCUUUAAUGCUACUGAGGACAUUUCUAGCAUCACUGUGGAUGUCAGCCUCUCCUGCCGACCAUAUUUCUCCUCCUUUAUUCGGUACCUUUACACGCGCAAGAUAAACGUGACCUUGUCCUCUGUGCAGUGCAUCCACUGGAUGGCUUCUAAGUUUGGGGUGAAGCAGCUGGUAGAGGACAUAACCAGGCUCUUCACUCAAGUCCUCCCAGAGGACCCUUUGUUUCACACUCAGCUAUCCCUUUACAAAUAUGCAGAGGAGACUGGGGACUUGGUUCUCCGGGAGAACUGCAUCCAGUACCUGGCCUGGAACUUCGUGAACCUGACCACAUCUCCAGCAUGGGCCGACAUUUCCGCGGAGCUCUUUGGACUCAUUCUCUCCCGCUCAGACGUGGUGGUGCCAGACGAGUUUUUUUUGCUCCAAAGUGUUGAGAGCUGGAUCACAGAGAGGGGCAACGCCACCAGUUUGAAAAGCCAGGUUGACCUCCUGAACCGCAUCCGUUUCCCCAUGAUCGCCGUGGAGAAACUGUAUGCACUUGAGGUCAACUCCUCCCUUUACAGCACUCAUCAAAAACUAUAUCAUGACAACAUGUUGAAAGCAUUCCAGUUUAAUGUUCUGCUCUUGAGCAACCUUUUGUCCAACCCAAAGUUUGACAACGCUGAGGAGGAUUACCAGCCAAGGCUCUACACUGAUUCAUGGAGCAUUGCUGUUACCCCUAAUCAUCAAAUCAGAACAUUCAGCACACCUAUCCACAACAGCCUGAUCUUUCAGGGUAAAAAGGCCGGCUGGGGGUUAGGCAUCUUCACGAGUCAAUAUCAGUGUUCAAACCAAGGGCUGCGCUGCAAGUCCCUCCCCAUGGUGAGGCUGAGGCCCCAGAGCGACUACAGUAGGUACAAAGUUAUCUUUCACAAUCGACUUCUGCUGAUGUGCCAGGGCAAGUACAUCUGUGAGGUCCAGGGUUUCAAGGACGACGUGGGCUAUAUCAGUGAAAAUUCUACCGGUGGUCUUUCCUAUCCCUGUCCCGACAACAACUACACCUACCGCUUUGUAGUGAGACCAGAGUAUAUCUUAGCCUGAUGAAUCCUUCCAUAUGAUCACUUUGUUGCUUGUAAUCAACAUGGUCUGUGUAUCUAAAUAUGUUCUCACACUUCUGCAUUGAUUCGGCGAUUUGAAGCACUUGAUAUCGUUACCUGCUUUUUAAAAUGAGAAAUAAAACAGUCUCUCAGUU